UAAAAUUGGCCAAUCAGAGCUAGAUAUUCUCGCGUCUCAUGUAAAUUACCCGUAGACGGGCGUCAAAUUCGAAUGCAGAAAAAUCAGAUCAGAUAACAACAAAGAGGCAACAGUGUCGUGGUAAAGUUUGUUUGAAAUAAGCAGAAAGGUUGAUGAUAUUUGAAUUUUACUACAGUAUCGUAUUUCAAAAGAAAAACUAAGCAUAAUGCCUCAGCCUGCAUUGAGAAAGAAGAGGACAGCAGUUUUAACAAGUAUUCACCAAGAUGGAGUUGGCAAUACAAAGCCAUUUACUCGAGCCAAGCGGCGAUCUGAAGGCUCACCACCCAACCAGAAUGCUAGUAAACGAGCUUUCAUGGACAUUACAAAUGCAUUUGGCAAUAAAAAGUGUGUUGGUACAAAGAAAGGUGUUGGGAUGAAAGUUAGUUUAAAAAAGCCAACCGCCACAAAGAAAGUGAUGGCAAGAGCAAAGACAAGCAAAGAGGAUUUGACAGUACACAAUGAGGAUAGUGUACAGCUGUUGCCGGAAAUAUCUUCACAAGGUUCAAAUAAGUCAACUAGUUCACAGGAGUCUGUUAGUUCACAGGAAUCCAACAGCAGUGAUGUCGAAUUGAUUAUGAAUGAAAAGAAUACGGAAAAUAACAAAGCCUUAGAAUUGAAAGAUGCAGUGGCAUCUAUUAGUCUGAAUGAUAGCAAAGAUGAUAUCACUGAUUUUAGAGACCUUGAUGCCGAGAAUGCAGACAAUAUUUAUGAAGCUCCAGAUUAUGCUGCAGAUAUAUUCAAAUAUCAAAAAGAAAGAGAGCUAAAAUUCAAAAUUACGCCGUAUUUUGAACAUCAAGUGGAAAUCACCACUCAGAUGCGGGCUGUGUUGGUAGACUGGCUGGUAGAGAUACAAGAAAGCUUUGAACUGAACCACGAAACAUUGUACCUGGCGGUGAAACUUGUCGAUCAUUAUCUCAUGCACAAGAAGAAUGUUGGACGCGACAUCCUGCAACUCGUUGGAGCAACUGCGCUGUUCAUUUCAUGCAAAUUUGAUGAACGUUCACCUCCACUUUUGGAUGAUUUUAAAUAUAUAUGUGAUGAUGCGUACAAAAGGAAAGAUUUUAUUAUGAUGGAGAUGAGUAUUUUGAAAACAAUCGGGUUUGACCUUGGAAUCCCCAUAUCUUAUCGCUUUCUCAGGAGAUAUGCAAAGUGUGCACGCUCAUCUAUGGAGACUUUGACUCUAGCCCGGUUCAUCUUGGAAACUUCGCUACACGACUCUGCUUUCAUUGAGAAACGAGACUCGCAAGUAGCUGCAGGAGCUCUUCUCCUUGCCUUCCGCAUGAAGAAAUCAGGAGAAUGGGAUAACACACUUCAAUAUUAUUCAGGGUACACGGAAAAGGAUUUGGAAUCAACAGUGAGACAGCUGAAUAGUCUUAUUUCCGCAUCUCCUGAUGAGCAACUCAUGACUGUACGAAACAAGUACUCCCACCCAGUUUUCAAUGAAGUUGCUAAAAUUCCUCCACUCGACAUUCUAUACGAUUUGUAAUUCUUGAUUUGAAACAAAGCUGGGGGUAACCAAAGAGGAAGGGACAUUGUUAUACGCUACAUGGAUGUGAUAUAUAAAAAUAGUCUAACUGCACGAAUUGUGGGCAGUUAAUAGUUACUGUUCUGAUCAUUGUUAAAAUUAUCACUUUUUUAUGCUGAAUUUUUGUGAAUGUGAUUUUUAAUCAAAUGAGUAGUUUCCUUUUUUUUAAAUAACAGUGUAAAUUUUAUACCACUCAACUUUUAAAUCAUUUUACAUUGGUGUAUAAACAUUUAAUAAGUGAGCAUUUUAAUUUUUAUCCUUUAAUCAUUGUCCAGUUUGAUGGUAAAUCUUUAGUUAAUCAUUUAACACAAAUUUUGUAAAGUGACUUUGGAAGUUUUUUGAAAUUUAUUCUAGAAGAGGGUUUUGUAAUAAUGCAAACACUUUUUAUUGAGCUUUGUAUCUAAUCAGGCAUGAAAGUAAAUUGCACAAUAGUAUUUUCUAUAUCUUUAUACCAGGUGCUAUUCAUUUUCCACAUGGUGAUGUAUUAUGUAUAUUAAAUAAUUCUGCAUACACAUAUGUACAUUUUAAACCAAUACAAGCAAUGAUGCAUUAAUGAAAUUUUAAUUUGGUAAACAUUUAAUUCGUCAACAGAUAAUUAGUAGUAUUUUGUGGGUUUGUAUUAAAUAUAAGUAGUAAGUCCGAAGCAAGAGACGGUGUAUGUGUGUGCAAAUCCAGUGAUGCAUGUUUGUGUAGUUUUAUUGAAGCCGAAUUUGCAGAGCGAGAAAUUGUUAGGAGAGAGUAGUUAUGUAAAAAUAUGUACAGUAUAAAUUGACUUCUGAACUAAUAAUCCAUCCCAUAAUAUAAAUAUUGUAAAUAUUAGUUUCAAUUACUGUAACAAUUUGAUUUUCAUGUUCUUGCUUUCUUGAAACACAGCGAUAUGGCUUUGGGAAACAUUUACGCGACAGAUUACAAUAUUUUAUUGAAUAUAUAUUAUGUUCUUCUACGUGUAGUUUUAUUCGAGAAAGCCACCAAUAAAUUGUAUAGAUCACUGGGAUGCCUGUG